UGUGAACUGGUGAUGAUGGUGUGGGUUCUUGCGUUGGAGAACAAGCACAAAAUGGUUGGCUCUCUGGUUAGUAAAUCUUUGAAUGUCGUGACAUUUACAACAAUACUACUUAGUUUGGAAUCAUUAUACGAAGGAUCGACAGCUGCCGUUGUUCAUGGUGAGAGGUAUCAUGGUCCCUUUGUACGGGUGGUGGGAAUCACUGGACAACAGCAGUGUGUCCGGGAGUGUAGACACAGACCCAAGCUGUGUCGGGGAGUGAACUACCAGAAACAGGAACUACUGUGUGAUCUCGUGUCGGCCAUCAACGAAACGGAAUCAAAAUCUGACUAUGUUAGAAUUGAAAUUGAUCAGACUGGCCAUAUUCCAGAUGAAUGCCUGUCAUGUUCUACUGACGAUCUGUGUGUGACGCUCUCCAGUAAGAAAGUCCACUGUAUUCGAGCUCUGCUAGGUCUUGCAUUGGGUAAACAAACGAAACAGUCGUCAACACAUGGGGCCUAUGGGGCUGAACAUGCAGUAGACGGCAACAGAGGUACAGACAUUUACCAAGACAAGUGUACACACACCGGGGACGGCGACACAAAUCCCUGGUGGAGGGUGGAUCUACUGACGGUGUAUUCCAUCAAAUCUGUCAGAAUACUCAACAGAGGGAUAGACUAUAGUGGAGAUUUUUCAAACCGGUUACGAGAUGUUACCGUCACUGUAGGGCUGACUGAAUCAGACGUCAAUACUCCCUGUGGUGUCUUUGCUGGCCCCGGUACUGCGUCACAGCUGGUUGUCAUCAACUGUCCGACGUCACCACAGGGGAGAUUCGUAAAAAUCUCCAUGACAACUUCGAUUCUCAGUCUUUGUGAAGUUGACGUGUUCGGUGUAUCCGUAUAAUUAUCAUAAUUAUUUAUGUUUCAAGGAACA